AUGUCCCCCGGUAGCAGCCGGUGGCCGGUCCGGUUGCUGGCGGUCACCUGGCUGAUGGCCGUCCCGUCCCUGGGUCAGGAGUGCUCCGCGGAGAAAAUGGAAGAUACCAUCAUCGACAUCGACAUCUCUCUGGGCCGAGGCAUCCGGGGCGCAGAGCCAGCCUACGCCCCCACCGCGGGGGCCUGCCUUCGCGCUUGCUGCUCCGGGGAGAAGCUCUCAGGAGACAAGAAGUGCAAUUUGAUGAUUUUUGAUGCUCGAAGGACAAGCGCACAUCCAAACUGCUACCUGUUUUACUGCCCUAGCACAGAGGCUUGUCCAAUGAAACCCGUGACAGGAUUUGUGAGCUACAAGAUAACGAGAGACACCCAUGCGUCAGAGGAUACAACCUUCAAAAGUGAGGACUUUUCUUCAAAUGGGUAUUCUUUGUCCUUGGAUGCUGGAGCCUUUAUUUCUCGCAGUCAGACUAGCCAUCAGAAUCCUACUGCUGCUUUGCAACAAUCUGUCUCUCAUCAGACAUCUGAACUGAACCACGUGGGCAAGCAUUUAGACAAUGCUGAAGUUCAUACCGUUUUUCCUGAAUCUCAAAAGGCAAAACAUCCUGAGAGCUUAGACCCCAUCCCAAGGCAGAAAGUAAUUAACCUGCUGCCGCCAAAGAUGUCUUCUGCUGUUCAAAUUGGAAACCUCUCUGCUUCGUUCCCCACCACUCAGUCUAGCGCUCCUGAACACAGCAGUACUACUCUUACUCCGCUGCCUACAAGCACCACCCGACUGGAGUCCCAUAAAAUCUCUCUGCAUCCUGGUGGUGCUGAACCUCCUCCUGUCACCACCACCACCACAGCUACCUUUCCACCUACUUCAACUGCUAGAGCUAAACCUGGUGUCCCUGCCACCAGCAUCGCUGCUACUCGUGUUCCUCUUUCCAGUUCCACAACUUCCUCUACUUCUACAAUCAAGCGGGUGACCACGAAUUCCAGAUCUGCUACCACCCCGUCGGGGCUAAGAACUUCAGCCGUGCCUCCUGAGCCAACAGUUGUGUCUUCCAACAAUACCAGCCAGGUUACCCUCCUCUCUUUGUCAGGUUUCGCUCCGUCUACUAGUGAUUCCCCCAUGGCUUCCCAAAAUGACCCUCAGGGUUAUGACCCCUCUGAUUCAGGAAGCUACCUGCCAGAGAGUGUUCUGAGAGGGAAAGGUGUCGUUCAGCUGGGAGAAAAAAGCAGCCUUGUAGCGGCUUUGCUUUUUGGGGUGAUAUUCCUGUUGCUAGUUAUUGCACUGACAGGGAAGAAAAUAAGCGAAUCUCUUCAGAAAAGGCAUUAUACCAGGCUGGAUUACUUGAUCAAUGGAAUGUAUGCUGAUGUAUGA